UAAAAGCGUCAGUCUGACUGCCCGCUCCACGCCGCCUCUCUCUCCUCUCCCAGAUCUUCGUGAACGCUCGAGGACGUGAAUACCACUGACUAGUGUUUCAUUAGUAACAAAGUAACUCCUCUUCGGUCCAUUGCAGAAGAUAGUAGUUCUCUUAAGUUUCCGUCUAUAGCUGCAUUAGCAUUAUUUCAGGUUCAUUAAAGGCAGAUAUUGAGAUUUAUCUGCAGCAUUUCUUCAAUUUUUGGUUCUUUGGCUCAUAGUUAAGAUCUUGCUGUAACCCAAGCUGCGGUAGAGUGCGACAACCCAAGACGAAGAGAUGGCUGGUUUCGGCCUGCAGGUGGUGGUGUUGGCGGCGGCGCUGCAGGGAACUGCAGCCUUUCUCGCCACCCCGCUCAACACCUCCGACCCAGAUGUUGCCCACAUCCUGUGUCCUGAUCAGACGGUUGAGUUGACCCGGGACCACAAGUGGAUCACUCGGGAGGCUAUCCGUCGCAACCUUCGCCAGUUCUUCUUACAGUACCCGCCGGAGUCGCAGCCGGACUUUAACGUCCCCCCUUCGGUCACGCUGACAGAGCUCUACCACGCCUACUACGGCGCCUCCGCCUCUCCCGCUCGCUUCAUCAAGGCUGUCAACUCUAUAGCUGCAGCCAACGUAAAGGCAGACUCCGCCGUACAACUUAGACACGACCCAGACAUCCAGGGGGACGGGGAGGAGCUCACAGAGCUGCAAGCGUCGCUGACGGACAGGUAUCCGCAAAUUCUGACUUCCAUUCUGCUGGACGAGGCGUACACUGCUGCCCGCUCCCUUCUGGGCCUCUCCUUCCAUUCCAUUCAGAAGUUCUAUGCACACUCCACCUGGGUCGAGCAAGGUAACACGGCCAUCCUGCCCGAUCUUGGUCUUCCUGGAUUCGAGUUCGAGGAUCUAGCAGACCCAACAGAAGCUGUGUGUACACCGUGUCCCAGUUCCCAGGGAGAGUGCUCCGGCAACGUGGUGAGUGGGGCAGGACUGAGCAGCGGGUAUUACCAGUACGACGAUCCAAUGGCUGACAUCUAUCUUAUACCCAAGCCCACCACAGGCGGCAAGUGUAGCCACGGCGGUGUGUUGGACUCCAGCUCCUGGCAGCCAGCUGAGGGAGGCAUCAACAAGGACACAGCUUCCCCCUGCUUCUCCCCCCACCACCACCUACACCAGCAGGCAGCUGAGCUCGCUGUCCAGGCGACGGAUCACUACCUGAGGGUGCUGCUCGACGCCGUGGGGAACGAGAAGUACCGACGGCUGUUCGACCUGUACCAAGGGUCUGCUCUCUCCAUCGUCAUCGACACCACGGGCUCCAUGUCGGACGACAUCGAGGCUGUCAAGGACCAGGUCGCGAGUAUCGUGGAGAACACCAGCCCCGAGCUUUACAUCCUGGCUCCCUACAACGACCCCACCUGGGGACCCGGACUGAGGACAGACAACGCUACUGAAUUCCUGGAAGCCGUCAAUGCCCUUUAUGCCCACAACGGCGGGGACAUCGAGGAGAUGUUCUGGUCUGGCCUUCAGCUGGCUCUGAGCUUGACACCAGACUACGGCGACAUCUUUUGCUUCACUGACGUCGGAGCCAAGGACGGGGAGAAGAUGGAGAGUGAUAUUGCCAGAUCCCAGCAACAGCACAACAAGGUGUCGAUCAUCUACAGUGGGAGCAUCCCCAGCGAGACCCCGAGUCGUGACUACGUGUUGACGCAGGUGGAGGAGUACCGCCGGCUCGCUGAUGCUACGGGAGGCCUCUUCAUCCCCUCAGACAAGUUCAGCAUCGACACCAUCAUGCCUAUCCUCAGUGAAGGUGUCGAGAGCUCUGACGUGGACGUCACCCAGCUGAAAGGACUUGUGGGGCGCCAGGAUAUCGCUGUGCCCAUUGAUGACUCCAUCAGUGACUUCGAGAUCCGCAUCGCCGGCGUUGUUACCACGGCGCUGCUGAAGGAUAUCACCGGCACCGAGUACGACCUAAUGGACGAAGCCAGCCUGCUGUUGGACCCCGAGAUCGAGGUCGUGGUCUACAGCAGCGGUCUUAAAGCCAUAAAGUGGAUAGAGCCUCGCUACGGCCUGUGGAGUCUCCAAACCUACUCGAGUUCCACCUACAGCGUCUCCGUCAGCGGCAACUCCACGCUGAGCUUCCUGGGCGGGUUCUCCAUCCUUGACCCUUCCCCGCCACACCCUCAUUACCGCGCCGCUGAGGGCAACCCUCUCGUCAAUACUGUGUAUUACGUGGAGGUGACGCUGAUUGGUUACCUGGAGAGUGACGUCACCGAUGUCACACGAAUUGAGUAUGUGGACAAGUCGGGAGCGAGUCUCCGGGAGAUACCGUACCACGGCGAAGUCGACGAUGAGUUCUACGUGCGAUCAGACCCCCUGCCGGAGGAGCCCUUCUACGUCAAGCUGUACGGUCACGUCAAGUCCGGCAAUGAGUUCAGCCGCCUCCUGACGGUGCUCAUGACUCCUGUCGAGACUGACGUGGGGGUCCUGGCCACCUCGGAGGACCUAGCUGCCCGCCCCGGGGACACAGCCAGCGGAGACUUUGUCGUCAGUAACUACGGCCUCAGCUCCUACUUUGACAUCACUGGAACGGACGAUAAGGGCUUCCUCACCUACGUCGUACCUGAGAGGGUGUACAUUGACAACAACGCCUCUGAGGUGGUGACGGUGUUCUUCGCGGUGCCCCUGACUGCGGUGCCGGGGACGGUGAGCAUGGUCACCCUGACGGCCCAGAGCGAGCAACAGCUGCAGUCCGUCAACAGUGGCAUCUCUCAGUUCGUCGUGCUCUCCAUGGAAUUAGACGACACUCCGCCUAACUGCACUUUGGCCAGCCAGCCUGACUGCUCUGGCUUUGACCUGAACGGUAUUUGCGCUAAUAAGAACUGGACCACUCAGGCAACUCUCCAGGAUGACCCGUAUGGCGGUCUGGUAAACGUGUACGCCCGGCCCGAGGGACUAUCGCUUGAGAUAGCGGGCAUGACUCCUGGCACCACCGGGGAGGUGGUGCUCACCUACGGGGCCUCCUGCUGCACUACUCAGGUCGACCUUAUCGGCGUCGACUCUUCAGGCAACGUGGGCAAGUGCAGCAUCGAUAUGGGCACUCUCGGGGGGAUGAUCUUGGAUCUGGAGGCGGUGUCGACGGGGCAGACGUGGGUGACCCUCAAGUGGACCAUCACACCCACCAAGUACGAGGUCCACAAGUACACCAUCCUCAUCGAUGACGACUUCACGGAGGACGACCGCUGCAGCCAGAGUGAGUGCCUUCACAACGUCACCGACCUGCGGCCCUGCACGCCCUAUACCUUCAAGGUGACACCCAGUUUUACCGUGGAGGGUUCCUAUGUUGCCGGAGAGGCAGCUGCCACCCAGGCCUCCACCACUGACCAAGAGCCCAGCACCCCGGUGAACGGAGCUGUGGUGGACUCCACGACUGACGGCGUCAAUAUAACCUGGGAAGUACAACACAACAGUUGCAUCAGCCAGUUUCAGGUGUGCUACAGGACGACAGACACCUGGGUGUGGGUACUGUGUGAGCGGACGAGCAGCACGAGCUACGAGAUGCGGGGUCUGGAAGCGUGUGUGGAGUACGAGGUGAGCGUGGCCAGCAUCACUCCAUCAGGUCUACAGAGCUCCUCCCUUCUCUUCACCGUCAACACCCAGGAGUCUGCACCCGGAGCCCCGAGGAACGUACAGACGGUGCUGUCAACGCCGUACUCCAUCACUGUCACCUGGGACGAUCCCCUCGAGAACGCCCACUGCAUCGACAGAUAUGCAGUCUCCUACACUGUGACGGACGUCACCCUCACGGUGGAGGUGGCGGCGAGGCUCCACCACCAGAGGGCGGGGAGUGACAACUCCGUCAUUAUAGAAAAUCUCGAUCCCUGCACCAACUACACAAUUUGGGUCUCUGGCAUCACUGUGUCUGGCAUAGUCGGCCCGUACGUUGAAAGUAACACCGCCACGGCCGAAAUAGCGCCUAGCUCCGUGACGUCCGUGACCCUGCAGGAGGUGACCAGCGUGUCCAUGAAGGUCACAUGGGAGGGGACCAUGACCUGCGUUGACCACUUCAACCUCUGCUACUACAGCCAGGAGGAGGUGGUGUUGUACUGCUACGAGGAGCAGGUCAUGGUGGCCACACUGACGGGCUUGCUUCCUUGCGUCACCUACUACGUAUCCGUCACCGCCGUCAGCCCCUCCGACUUGUACAGCCACACCCUUUGGCAGACCAUGAGUACUCUCCAAGUCGCGCCUGGUGAGCCUCAGAACCUUACAGUCAGCAGUGUGACUUCGCACUCCAUUAGCAUCGACUUCGACCCGCCAGUGGAGAACCCUCAGUGCACCAAUGAAUACGACUACACCAUUAUCGGGGUUGAUGAAGAGGUCAUCUAUUCAGACAGACAAACAUACAACCAAGUGGACAAUAUCUUCGAAGACCUGGAAGCCUGCACCAACUAUAAGAUACAAGUCCGCGCCUUGUCCAGUGAGAAACUGGGAAGCCAGUGGGUAACUACCAGCGCUACAACCUCUGAGGAAGAGCCCAGCAGGCCCCAGGCGUUCCAGGUUCUUCAGACGAAUGAGACGACACUGGAAGUGUCUUGGUGGGCUCCGGAUGUAAACAGUAACUGCGUCAAGUAUUACGAGCUGCAGUGGACGAGCCCAUACGGCGACGUGAACUACGACUCCAUCACCCCGGCACCCGGCGACGAGCUCCCCUUCGUGAUCGUCAGACUAAUAUCAGGUCUCGAACCCUGUACCGUGUACGGCCUUUCCGUAUGGGCCGUGACUCCCUCAGGCAGUCCUGGUAAUGCCGCAAUGCUCUCGCACUCCACUCUCUGCUAAGCCAAAUGUUUAUUUCUGCGUCACCCGUCUCCCGAGAUGUGUUACUGAUGUGGAUAGUAAGUCACAAUAACGUGGCAGAAAAUUACGACACCCAACCCUUUAGUGGUGUCUUCUGGAAGAUCCUCUGAUAGGGGGUUGAUGAUAUCAGAAUAUGAUGAAUGAUGAUGAUAUCAGGCCCGACGUGAGUGGUUGGCGGGCCUGAUAUCUUAGUUAAUUUUAAUUAAAGUGAUAAUCGGGAAAGGACAAUAGAAGUGCUGUUGUUAGCUGGCGGUGUUUACGUCUUGGGCACAGCACCCAGCACGGCUCCGGCACGGCUCCGGCACGGCUCCGGCACGGCUCCCAGCGCGGCUCCCAGCACGGCUCCCAGCACAGCUCCCAACUCAGCACCCAGCGCGACUCCCGAGACCCAAAAAAAAAAAAGUCCACUACGGGUUCACCAUAGCCCGUGCUACUUGAAACUUUUUGUCCCAAGUAGCGAAUCUUAAACAAAAACCAUCCCGACACCCAGCACCGGUUGUGGCUUCACGGUAAACAGGGAUACAAUUCAACCUGUAAUCAUACCCUGUGUAAUAUUGUUUACAAAUAAAUACAAUAUUACCAUUAUAUUUAGGUGCGAAGUUCAGCAGAACUACUGUUCAGUUUAAUGGUUUUAUUGAUUUUCCAAAAGCCUGGUGUUAUUUAUGUAUGUUGUAGAUUGUAAAUAUGGAACAUUGUCUGCCUAAUACUAUGUAAAGAUUGUUAUUCCGCUAUUUAUUGAUUUGUGCAUAAAAUAUAAUUAACAA